AUGACUUCAUCAACAGACAAAUCUUUUCCAAUUGGAUUUUCUAUCUGUAAUUUACUAAAUCCUUCUAUAAAACAAAAUGAUUUAGUUCAAGAUUCAAAAGACAAAGUAGGAAAUAAUAAUAUAAAAAAUGAGUCACCUGAUUGUUCACAACAAUCUACAUCCUCAUCAACACCAGAAUCCUCAUUUGAUCCUCUUCAAUCUAUGACAGCUGGUCUUCAACUACCAUUAAUAAAUAAUAUGCCUAAUAAUCAUUCUAUGUUAAUGUUAGCUGCAGCAACUGCAAAUAAUAAUAAUUCUAAUCCAUUAUUAACUAUUAAUGGUAAUAAUAAUAAUCCUUAUGGAACUUUUCCAAAUCCUAAUUGGCAAAAUGCUGUAAAUUAUGUAACAAUGGCUAUGCAGGCACAACAACAAAUUGGUUCUGGUGGGUUACCUAUAGUUAAUUCUUGGGAUCCUAGGUUUCCAUGGUUAAAUCCAUUUAUGAGUAAAUCAUCCCAAAAACGAAAAGGUGGACAAAUUCGUUUUACCAAUGAACAAACAGAUGCCCUGGAACACAAAUUUGACAACCACAAAUAUUUAUCACCUCAGGAACGUAAAAAAUUGGCAAAAUCAUUAUCAUUAUCAGAAAGACAGGUUAAAACAUGGUUUCAAAAUAGAAGAGCUAAAUGGAGAAGAAUAAGAAAGGAUGGUGAGGAUGAUGAUGAAUUAAUAAAUGGAAUAUCAGGAGGAAGAAAUAUGGUUAAAUAUGAUGUUAAUAAUCAUACAGGAUACCAUCAAAACUAUUAA